UCUGAAUUCUCAUGCAUGAUGUGUGGCAUGACACAGGAAGUGGUGACGAAACAACAAAUGCAGAGAAAACAGAAGUUUGUCUGGUACAGAGAGUCUGGCAGACACUCUGAACAUUCAGUGGCGAGUCUGGCAUCCAUGAGUGACACCAUGACGAGCAACUGUUCGUUUGAAGCGGUGGACCACCUGAUGAGAUAUCUGGAGCUGGUCAUCUACGUGCCAAUAUUCCUCUUUGGCCUGAUCCUGAAUGUCGUCGCGCUGCUGGUGUUCUGCCUCUUCCUGCGGAAAUGGACUGAGUCCACGAUCUACAUGACCAGCUUGGCUCUCAUGGACCUGCUCCUCCUCUUCCCUCUUCCCUUCAAAAUGCACGCAACUAAUCACCUCUGGCCCGCGAACCUCCAACCCCUCUGUUCGGUCUUGGAGAGUCUGUACUUUGUUGGGAUAUAUGGCAGCAUCUACACUAUCAUGUGUAUAGCUGUGGACCGUUGGGUGGCAAUCUGUCACCCGUUCAAAGCCAAGCAGCUGCGGUCACCUGCAGCAGCUCUGGGGGCCUGCGUGGGGGUGUGGGUGCUGGUGCUGUCAGUGAUCUCUCCCACCAUCCAUCGCUUCAGGGAGGGCGGGCCGACAGACUUCCACUGCUUCCACAUGUUUUCAGAGAAAGGCUGGAGCCCCCCGGUGAUCGUCUGUCUGCAGGUGUUUGGGUUCUUGGUGCCUGUGGUUGUGGUGGUGUAUUGUUCGGUCAAGACCAUCUGGACGCUGAAGAAAUCUGGCCAGCACAGCCCCCAGAGCCAGGCCUGUGUGAAGAUCAUCUACAGCAGCCUGAGUGCCUUCCUGGUGCCCUUCACCCCGAGCCACCUCGGCAUCCUCCUGCAGUUCCUGGUGCACCAAGGAGUAAUCCAGGACUGCGGCACCAAGAUCGGGAUCAGCCUGUUCCUCCAGGUAUCCAUGUGUCUGUCCAACAUCACCUGUUGUCUGGACGCUCUGUGCUACUACUUCAUCGCCCACGAGGUGAGGAGCACCAAACACACCUUCAGGGUGUCAAUGAUCAGCCAAAGAAGAGUCACUUUCAGCAGUUCAGAGGUCUGAACCGUGCACGGAGACAGUUCAAGCUUGCAACAUAACGUGUCCUCAGAGGGCCGAUGGCAGUGACCACAAGAUCUGGCUUCCUCAGUUUUAGCAGUGAAACCAACGAAGAGUUGUAGUGGCAGCGAGUGCAACCUCUGUUUGACACAGGGCUGAGAGUUGGGCUAAGGCUGUUGUAUAGGAACGGCUCUGAAAGGCACCGAUACAUGAUUUGGUCCAGUGACAGGAAGCAGGUAGGCACAUCUGUGACCUCAAAGAGCUACGAAAGCUGCAAAAAAGAACUACCACAACAUGAGAUGUUUUUUGAGAACGAUUUAAGGGACGAGGCUGAUGAAAGACUCAAAGCUUUUCUUGGUCCCACACUCCGAUAAUGAGAAACUGAUGUGGGCUAGAAUUCAUUUUAGAUCAGCCGGGUAUUACGGAGAACUGUCGUCUAUUUUCUCGAGGGGUGAAGUCAAGCAUAGACUGCGUAAAAUGUACUUUUACUGAAGUCCUCAUUAAAAGAGAAGAUCGACCACUAAAGAAUCAGGGCAGAUACGUUCUGGAUAAAUCUGGUUAAAAAAUAUGCCGUCAGUAAAUUAUGAAACGUUGAAAUGUUUUAUUUUUAGAGGAUCUCUCAUAUAUGAAAUGCAGACAAACAAAAAAGUCAGCUUGAAACAAAUAAAUUAUUAAAACUUAAGCAAGUAAAUAUGUUUUAUUGGUUACAAAUUCAUUCAAAUAUUAAUUUCCUUAUUUAGUUAUCUAGUAUAUGAAGAAAAUCAUGAUCAUAAAUCUCACAACACCAAUUCUGGUGGUCUUGAAGCAUGUGAAUGUAAGUCAUUAUUUAUUUAUUUUCAUGAAUUAUGAUUUGUGAUGACUAGAUUUGUCGAGGCACAUAAAUGGAGAGAAAGUCAGCUAAGUUUUAUGAAUAUAAAAUACUGGUAGUUUUGUUUGUAUGCAUCCUCAUUUAACAUAAUGAAGCUUCAUACAUGUGCAAUAGUGUCAUGUGAAAUUAUGAAAGGUCUGAUGUUAAUGGUCGACCCUGCGCAUUAAAAUUUUUUUGAUAAAACUGUUUCCACAUUAGUUGUUUUCACAUGAAUGCAGUUAAAGCUCAACCCCCGUUGGAAAGCUGCACAUUAAAUACAUUAAGCUGAAGAGUCGAAGAGUCACGUUGUGGUGACAGUGAAAGGUUCUGGGGUCUAUUGGGCGGUUUCGUUACAUUAAUACUGUUUUUAUAAUAAUGAGGCAUGAAACUGCCAUUGUGUUUAUUAAUGUCAUGUUUACUUGCAUUAUUUGUGUCUUGAUACUUAUAUUUUCGCACCUACCUAUUCCAGGGUCAUUUUUUUUGGCCGAAUUCUAUUCCGUUCCUGUCAUGUUGAUUUCUGUUUCUGUCGUUGUAUUUUCUCAAACGAAGUGAGAGGUGUUGUGUUGAAGUGAUGUUAGUUGUUGUGAAGUCGUGGAGCCGACCUGCAGUUUGCCUGUCUGUUCUUUUCCUGCUCUCUUGUUUUGCACGGCAUUCAUUUGGAAACCAGAUCUUCUUCUUUCACCUCAAAGUGAAAGAUAACUAACCACAAAAGAUUUGUCUUGUGAUGUGUCUUACAAAAACCAUGAUGAAUCUGCAGUCUACGGUUUUGUAAAAUUCAGUAGAUGACAGCAUGAGAUCUGAUCACAGCUGUGAGGAAGUUCACAAAGGAAAAAUAAAGUCUUAGUUUCCCUUU